GACGGAAGAGACCAUGAUUCAAAGAAAACAGCCAAAAUUAAACAACUCACUCGCAAGCUCACACUCUUGCUUUGUUCGCUUGCAUCUGCAUUUGAACGCUCCCUUUUCUCGCGUUUUCUCAGCUGCCAAACGCAGUGCCCUGAAGAAGGGGAAGGAGCUAAAUCUGAUUUCUGAGCUAUGGCUGUAGCUGUGGUGGCAUUGAUUUUGGUUUUCCUAUUGGGAGGUUUUAUUUUGAUUCCUCGACGCCUUAAAUCUGCUCAAAGACAGAAGGUGCAAUCAAGUAUUAGCGAGAAGAAGGUAUCCAAAUUUUACAGUAAAGCCGAAGUAUCUCUGCAUAAUAAGAGAACUGACUGUUGGAUCAUUAUCAAGGAAAAGGUGUAUGAUGUUACCUCAUAUGUAGAAGAACACCCUGGAGGCGAUGCCAUUCUAGCACAUGCUGGGGAUGAUUCAACCGAAGGAUUUUAUGGACCUCAACAUGCUACAAGAGUCUUUGACAUGAUUGAUGAUUUCUAUAUUGGAGACCUAGAGCAGUAAUUUUCUACCCCAUUGGAUCACAAUAUUAUCCAGUACUUUGGGAAUAACACUAUUCUUGUGUUGGCUUUUUGUCUUUCAUCCGAAAGUUUUCCCAUAUUUUUGGCUUCUGCACUUCAUUAACUUUGUGAAAGUAGACGAUGGACUAGCCUCAUUCCAAAUACAGGAUGAAAUGAUAGUGGAAAUUAUUUACAAAUUUUUA